UAUAUUUAUCCUCGCUCCGUGAAACUAACCUAAUCUCAAACGCGAGUCCUGUGUCAUUCGCAGCUUCGCGCAUUUGAAAAGGCUCCACUGUUAGAUUACGGAAAGGUGUCGCCAAGUAUGAGUCGCCACCGCGCGCGUCGUGAUCUCUCACACUGACACCUCCGGGAUCUCCGAAGAAAACGGGACCAUCUUCGCGUGCGAGUUUACGAAGUGGAUUUGAAUAACGCAUCAGGAAGUUCGCGGAUGGGUGUCGUGUAUCGCGGAGAAGAAGCGACGAUGCGGUAGACAAUCGUUGAAAGGAAAGGAUCAACUUUGAGAGCGGGAGAAAACGUUUUUCUCCUGUCGUCGCCUGUCGAGCUACGAUGCUGUACUCGUCUUUCUGAAACGAAUCUCGCCCGGAGACGGCAAGCGCGAACGAUGUUCUGCUGUCUGAGAAACUGUUUCGAUGGCCUCGGCUUCGCCGCGGCUCAAGCACCGCAGCGAGAACGAAAUCCCAUCGCCUUAGACACGUCCCACAUGGGAAAUGAGGUAGUGAUAGUAAAAAAUGGUCUAAGAAUAUGCGGUAGUGGUGGUGCCUUAACAAACGCCCCUCUCGUUCAGAGCAAAAGUUAUUUUGAAGUAAAGAUUCAACAAGGUGGUAUAUGGGGUAUCGGACUAGCCAGGAGAGCUGCAGACCUUAACGUCGCUGUAGGAGGAAAGGAUUCGGAAAGUUGGGUGCUUAAUUCGGAUGGUAUCCUAAGGCACAACGAGCAGGAGUUGCAUAAGAUACAAAAUCCUGUACAGGAAGGGGAUAUCAUUGGAGUAUCUUAUGACCAUGUAGAAUUGAAUUUUUACUUGAACGGGGAAUCCAUGAAUGCUCCAGUUAUAGGUAUAAAGGGGCGGGUUUACCCAGUGUUAUAUGUGGACGAUGGAGCCAUCUUAGACUUAAUUUUGGAAAAUUUCGUCCAUACCCUGCCAAUAGGCUUCGAGAAAAUAAUGCUGGAGCAAUCGUUGCUCUAGCAGAACGGAACUAAAACCGCUAAUGGACCGUCAAAGCGUUACAUUAAUACAUUCUUCGUCCAUUUCGAUUUUUAAUUGAAUAUCGGAACCAAGAUAACAAUAAAUCGAGAGAAGAAAUCGCGACGGUAUUAGUAUUAAGAGAUAACACACAGUCACAAAGUAACAAAGAAACGUUAUAAGUUCGUCAUAAUAAUAAUCGCAUCGAUGACACAUGGGUAUACUUAAAUUGUGGAGGAGUGUGAAAUAAACGAUUUGCCUAAUAUGUGAAUCUAUUUUUCGAUCUACUCUCUACAGAGAACACAUUCGCGUAAUAAGUAGAUUUUACAUAAUUCGCUGAGAAUUCUUCGGGUUUAUUAAAAUUAAAGGGUUUAUAACGUAUUAAUCGCUCGAAUGUGUGACUUAAAUUCAGCUCUAUUGAUCUGUCUAUUAUACAAUA